AUGAAAGCAUCUAUUCCACGCGUUGUAAUGCUUGGCAGCACUGCUGUUGGAAAGACGUCUUUAAUUAACAUAAUUGUUAAACAGUCUUUUGAUGCCGUUACUCCUCCAACCACUGGAGCCGGUUUUUAUGAAUACAAAGAUGGCGCAAGAGAAAUCCAAAUCUGGGAUACAGCAGGCAUGGAAAGAUUCAGAUCUUUGAAUAGUAUUUAUUAUCAUCGUGCAGUUGGAGCAAUUCUUGUCUUUGAUCUUACAAAUAUUAACUCUUUCAAGUCUCUUGAAUCAUGGAGGCAAGAAUUUGUUUCAAAGACAUCGCCUAACGCUGUUAUUGCCCUCGUUGGCAACAAAUGCGAUAAAGAAUCUGACAUAGAAGUCGAAGAUAGUGAAAUUGAAGCAUAUUGUCAAGAACACAAUCUCAAAUACUUCAAAACUUCCGCACUCAGUGGCGUAAACGUUGUAGAAUGCAUAAAUACACUCAUAUCUAUUUUGCCACCGGGCGAAGACAAUGUAGAAUCUAUGCCAGUUGAAGCAGAAAAGAAGGGAGGAUGCUGCUAG